AUGGAAAAGCGGAGGGUAGUGGUACCCCCCGCAUGGCAAAACGACUACGAUAUGGAUGUGUCGGUGUUUGCAUUGUGCGCUGAGGAGUUUUUGAAUAACAUUCCGUCCAACGUCAGUGAAUUGAAAAAGAGAAGUGAUUGGCCUUCCUGGGAGGAAGCCAUAAAAGAAGAACUCAGAUCGUUGGAAAUGAAUAAAACGUGGACGUUAGUUGAACUGCCUGCUGGAAAGCAACUUAUUGAUAACAAGUGGGUGUUUAAAAUGAAAAAGAACAGUGAUGGUGUUGUCGAAAGGUACAAAGCCAGACUGGUUGCUCGCGGAUUCAAACAGCGACUGCGAUUCGAUUUUACGGAGACUUAUUCGCCGGUGGCGAAGAUGUCAACUUAG